AUGGAUGGCACCUCGCACUUCACUCGCAUCAAGGACGCCCCCGAGACACUGAACCCCAUCACGGGGCGAAGCAUCUAUUACGGGAUGCGACCGUGGCGCUGCGACGAUCGAUUUCAAGACUGGCUCAAGUCUUUUACGUGCUUUGACUCAGUUAGUGUGCAAUACAACCUGUUGAAGCUGUUUGCUCAGUGCGCCCGCUCCCAAGAAGGAGAGGAGCCGAUCGACAAUUACCAUCGACUGGGCCGAGCAGAGGUUAUGUAUUACGUCGAGCGCUAUCGCAGUGGCAUGAUGCGGACGGGGGUACUGGAGACUUACCCGUAUGACCAAAAUGAACUGCGGCGGAUUGCAGAAGAGGAUGGGCUGAAAAUGCGGGUGUGGCGUCACCAGCGGGAGCUCGAGAUGGAGUCGAAGGAGGGCAAGAUCGAUGAGGUACUGCACAUGAACGUCAUGCGGCGAGGCAAGCCCUGA